GUAAAGGAACUCCCCAAAUGCAUCACAUGACAUACUUACCAAAUCAGCCUGAACAAAAUAGGUGCAUCAUCUAUAAGCAUCACAAGGACGCUAACAUACAACUUAUUUGUCUAAAUUGGAGAAGGCCAACAUUUAUAAGCACAACAAGUCUUACUGCACAAACUCAGUGCUUGUACGAAAGCAGAACCCUCAGUUGUAUGCAUCACAGGGAAGUCUGCACAAAAUUAGUGCACAAAAUUAGUUUUCAAGGUUGUGACAACUCCUUAGCAAGAUUGAGCAGUCCGAGAAGAAAAUUUGUUUAUUGUUUCUAUAGACAGUUGUAUCUUCUUUCUUGGAAACUAAAUAUAACAUCCUAA